AUGACGCUCGGGAAGAACAAGCGCAUCAGCAAGGGCGGCAAGCGCGGCAAGAAGAAGGCGCAGGAGGCGAUGAGCCGCAAGGAGUGGUACGACGUGGUAGCCCCCAAGAACUUUGAGGUGCGUCAGUUCGGCAAGAGCAUCUGCAACAAGACGCAGGGCACGAAGAUCGCGGCGGAUUUCCUGCGCGGGCGCGUGUACGAGAGCAACCUGGCGGACCUGAACAAGACACAGGGCGAUGACGACGCCUACCGCAAGGUGAAGUUUGUGGUGCAGGAGGUGCAGGGCCGCAACCUGCUGACGCAGUUCCACAGCAUGGACAUGACGUCCGGCCGCGUCUACUUCCUGCUGCGCAAGUGGUGCACGACGAUCGAGGCGGCUGUGGAGGCCAAGACUGCCGACGGCUAUACCCUGCGUCUCUUCGUGAUUGCCUUCACGAAGAAGCAGA